ACCAGGUGUGCCACGAUCCUCAGUGUGUGUUUGAGUAGUGCCAGUCCCACCGAAGGUAUUAACUGUUCUUCGAUAGUUCGUCCAUACUUCCACACAACUUGGUCACCACAGAGGUCGGAGAGAUUUCAGGGGCCUUAUACCGUGGUAUGUUUGAUAACUUAAAACCAGAGUGCAGGGCGUACCUAAAGAGCCUUCUCUUGGAAUGGCAUGCCAAAAUGAAAACAGAAGAGAAGAUUUCAACUAACACAUCUCGAGUACGGAUUGUUGUCCUCGGAAUGAUCAGCGUUGGGAAAUCAGCCUUGACUGUACGCUACCUUACGAGGCGAUACAUUGGCGAAUACCGAUCGAACACUGACCUUCUCUACCGACAGACAGUCACGAUCAACAAUUCCCCGGUCGAAGUUGAAAUUAUCGACGUUUCUGGCGAAACGAGAGACUCUAGCUUUCCAAUUGAACAAGUCCAAUGGGCCGACGGCUGCAUAAUUGUCUACUCGAUAACGGACAGGCAAUCAUUCCAGUACGCUGUUGAAGCUUUGGAAAAUCUGCAGAAACUUCGCUCUGUCGCAUCCGUUCCCGUUACGCUCCUCGGAAACAAAGCCGAUCUGGAACACUUAAGAGAGGUUGAAGAAAAUGAAGGAAGGGGAGCAGCACUAAGGAACAGUUGCCAAUUCUACGAAGUAUCUGUCGCCGAAAACAGCGCAGACCUCUACCAGGCCUUCGAGACCCUGCUGAACGAGACGAGAGGCCAGGUGGGGAGCAAGAGCCGCAAGUUCUCAGUGACGAAGAUGAUCGGGACCCUGAUCGGGGGCGGUAACAGCAAGGGACAGGGGCAGCAGGCCGGCGGCACCGUCGUCGUCUGCCACAAGUCCGACCUCCACAGAAACCGGGUCCUCAAGAGGCGCCAGAACUUCACUGCCACCGCGUCCUUGUGACUCACAGGAUCUCAGACCGUCUCUGACUCCUGCUGAGGAGUCGAGUUGCCAUACCUUAAUGUGGAGGACUGAUUAAUUGUUCAGAGGCCGGCGGAGGGAGCAUGCUGGAAGGAGCCCAGAGUCAAGUUGUAAGGGUAUGCUCUCUCCAGGGGUUCCUCCGAAUGAGGGAAAGUUUUUUUUUACUUAACCCGAAGUAAAGACUGAAGGAGUAUCAGAGAACAAACUGAUUUGAAGAGAUGAAAAUUCCUACUUCUCUUGGGUUAUGAAAAGAUUCAAUUUAUAAACACUUGAAUGUUUUGUGCGAAUUGUAAUCUAAAUCUAAGUUAAUGGACUAAUUAGACAAACUAGAAUAGUUCAUUUUCUUUUUCUUUCUUUUUUUUAAGUACAAAUUAAUUUAAAUGGUAACUGUUAAAAGCUCAAAAUAUUUUUGAUAGUUUUGAAGGUCAUGAAAAAAAAAAAAGAAUAAAAACAACUAUACAGUGAAUAAUAUGAGACCAAAGACUUGGUUAUUUAAUAGUUACCAAUUUACAUGUUUUUAAAUGUAAUAGAUUAUAACAUGUUUAAAAAAUCAACUGUUUGUGGAAUCUAUGAGAAGUAAAUACUUUGUUGAGUUUGAGCAGGAUCUUGAACUUUUUAAAGUUAAUGUUGUGCAUGUCUAUCUAUAAAUUAUUAUUGAUAUGUAUUAUAAUUGCCGACAAAGGGGCACAAUACUAGAUAUAGUGAUUAUAUUAAUAAUUUGAUUGAUUUCAUUAUUAAAUGUUAAAUGGCUGUGAUUAGUUUGUAUUUUGAAUUAUUUAUAUUGUCCCAAUACUUAUCUAUGACUGCAUUUUGUAAAAUAGUUUUUAUGGAAUGCUGAUUUUGGUAAAACCCCAGACUGUAUUGGAUAAUGUUUUUUUUUAUAAUUAAACAAUCUUUUUACAAUAAAAUAUUUUUGGUGUAA